CUCCAGAUUGUAGUAGCCACUAUGGGACAGUGGUUCCGGAAGUGGCGCAUUGACAUCAAUCCCACGAAAAGCACAGCGAUGCUCUCCAAAAGGGAUCGCCCUCCGAAUACCACUUCGAGCAACCCACUCCCUAAUAGGCGGGUUAACGCCUCCGCCGUUAGCCCCAUCACUCUGGCCAGCCCAUACCGUGGGCCUCGAAGGUCAAAUAUCUAAGCGUCACCUCGACAGGGAUGACAUUCCGACCCCAUAUCAAAACGGUACGCGACCCUGCCGCCUUCAUAUUAGGACGCCUCUAUCACAUGAUUUGCAAGCGAAGUAAAUUGUCCCUUCGUAAUAAGGUGACACUACAAAACUUGCAUACGCCCCGUCGUGACCUAUGCAAGCGUAGUGUUCGGUCACGCGGCCCGCACCAACUUGAAACCCCUUCAAGUCAUUCAAACCCGUUUUUGUAAGAUAGCCAUCGGAGCACCAUGGUUCUUAAGGAAUAUGGAUCUCCAUGAUGAUGUGAAGCUUGACUCGGUCAGUAUUUACAUUCUUUUUUUUUUUUUAUUGCCUUUGUAGGCAGACAGACAUACGGACCACCUGAUGGUGAGUGGUUACCGUCGCCCAUGGACUUCAGCAAUGCCAGGGGCAGAGCCAAGCCGCUGCCUACCGCUUAAUACUCUCCAUAAGCCUCGUUUGAAGAAGGACAUGUCAUAGCGCUCGGGAAACACCGUGGAGGGGAGCUCAUUCCAUAGCCGGAUUCCAUUCGGCAUCAUUGCGCCACUUUGAGAAGGUGGCAUCAUUGCGCCACUUUGAGAAGGCGGCACAACACAAAAACACACUUGUCCCACACGGAAAUUAUAUAACCGAUCCUGUGGACCAAAUGGUAUACAGUUGACGUCGCCCUAAACACGUCAUUACGGAUCCUCCCGAUCCAUUAACGGUGCUUUUAGGUACCUCAAGCACCGGUCACCGUCCUCGCUUGCGACGAAGGACUACGAGUAAAGUAACCCAAAUACACAGCUCACUGAAUUUUUCGCCGGAUCUUCUCAGUGGGUCGCGUUUCCGAUCCGGUGGUAGAUUCUGCGAAGCACUGCUCUUGCUAGGACCAGUGUUAGCAACACUCCGGUUUGAGCCUCGUGAGCUCACCCACACGUCAAGGAGAAUCUGAAAUAGCCUCUCAAGGCUAUCAGCAUAGGUAGAGUAAAAAAAAGUGUAUUAACUUUCAAGUCAAUCUUGCUAAUUAUUAUUACGUUCAUAGGUUUCCCCUUUCUCAGUUCAGUCUGUCGACAGAGCCGGUAGAACUGUAGGUAUAUACGGGCUUUUGGCCAAGUCAUAUACGGUAGCUAUGAGUCAAUAUACUAGUUUUUAUUACGUGUAGUACCUAAGUUUGGUUUUCUUCAAGCUGCAGGAACUUUGUUACUAUUCUGCAUGUUUAAUUAUAAUAAUUAUUAUUAUCUUAUUAUUAAUUCUUAUUAUCUUAUUUAUUUUACCUUACAGUAUGUAUGAACAUAUUGUGAUUUCAUUUAAAAUAAUUUCCUAUACCAUAAAUAGUAAAACCUAUAUAAUAAAACCUAUGUAACCAGUAGAUUCGCAAUGGGACCACUACAAUAGGACUUCAAUGUAUUGAAAAUUAGAAUCAUCAUCUAAAAAUCAAUGAGUGCACAUUUUAGGGCCUUAUCAUACUUAUUAUACUCGUGCGAUCAUUCUUAAAGCGGAGCGGGCGCGCAACGUACACGCCGCGCAUGCGCAGCGUAGACGUCAUUUUGUACUGUCUACUGUCUCCUAAAAACGCAUGGAGUUAAUAAGUAGGUACCUAAAAUACUAACUCUAUGUAAAAACGCCAACCAGUCCGGCCUGCCUCACUUCAAUCCGUGUGUCUUCAUGUCAUAGUAAAUUUGUAUCAGAUACAUCAACUCAAAAAAAUGUAGUUCUUAACAUUCGUAGGUAGAAGCGAAACUGUUUUGGAUUAUUUUUUAUUCGUUUGCCAAAAAACACAAAGCAGUCGCUCUCUUCCAUUCGAUUAAUUGAUAAUGGAUCCUCCAAUUCGUCGAUGCUUUCGUUUUCGCCUUCGAAGUAACAAAACCGUUACUGAGUGUAUUGUACGUCGUUAACUCGCUACAAAUACGCGAUAAAAACGUUGCGUAUUCGCCAGGCUCAAGUAAAAAAAAACACAGGGUAUUAAAUACUUUCUGAGAACUCCCCCAAUCAUAGUAAAGGAUAGGUUUACUUUUAAAUGAUGUCAUCGGAAUGAAAGGUUACAAGAAGAAAGAUAAAUUAUACCAAAUAUUGAUUAUACAGUCGCGUUCGAUCCGCAGGCGAGAACGGUCACGCCACACCAAAAAUCGUUGAGUUAAAUAGUGUUUUUACCAAAUUGUGAAUAUAAAAUCAGUUUUUAGUGAUAAAAAUCAGUGUUAUACACCGUUGGAUGCGCGCUAAAAUUCCGCAUCUAUUACCAUUUCUGGUGAAAAAUUUGGACUUAAAUCAAGCGAAAAAAUAAGAAAAAACUGCUAAAAAUCAAAAUUUGAAGUGUUAAAAAUUCAUAAAAAUGGCAACUUUGUAGUGAAAACAUAGUGAAAAGUGUCUUUCGGUGCGCGCUCGAAAGCUCUUCUUAAAGGGGAUUGCCCACUCUCCAUAGUGUGCUAGGCCCAAGAUGGACAUCAAAUAUUACUAUAAAAAUGUACUGAUUCAAAUUCUUAAAUGUAUUGGAUAUCUAAAAAAUAUAUUGAAAUUGACGCCACUAUUAUAAAAAAUAUAAUAAAAAUAAAAACUCGUUUUGAAGUUAAUUUUCUAUAUAAAUAAGUGUCGGAUUGUGAGAUACUUCAAGAACUUUUCUUUUCUUAAUGUUUAAGAUGUAUUUUUAUCCAAUAGGGUAUAAAAACACACUUAAUUCUUUAAAUAUCUAUAUUUUCUUCAUCUUCAUACACAAUUAGUAUCGUCUAAAAAUAGCAAAGGAGAGCAUAUACACGGUUUUAAAUCUCGGUCAGGGUAAAACCACAAUUCACACAAUGUUUUUUAGUCGUAGUAUGAAACGUUAUUGAUAAAAGUAAAAUAAAUCGAAGAAAAAUCAAAACAGAUCCAUUUUGUACGCAAGCACAACACCACAAGCAGCAAGCGAAGUGUCAGUCAGUCAGAUUAAAUUCAGUGUUGUCAGUAUAAAGAAAAAUAAUUACAUGAAAUUCAUAUAUCGAUUAUUUUUUUAAAUAACCGAUAAUUGAUUUAUAUCUUAAUCUUUUUUGAAGUGAAACUUCUUUAUCGGCGUUGGAAAAAAAUUUACCGUCACAUUUUUCGGUUACGCGUCACAUUUUUCCGUUACGCGCCAUCUUUUUCUUCACCAUUCAUUGUUGCCGUACACAAGUGAAGGUGCCUCUUUACUCGGUAACAAUAAUUAUAAAAUACCGAUGAUUUUAAGUGGAGAUUUUAAUGUAAAUUUUGCAUCGGAAAAUUCUUUGAAGCUAGUUGAAUUUCUGAAAGAUAAAUUGAAUUUAUCCAUGAAAAACAGUCCUCAAACGUCAACAACAAGAUCUGGCACUACAAUUGAUGGAGUUUUUACUCGGUCACUAAAUUUCGUGGAAUGUAAACCAUAUAUUUCAUAUUUCAGUUACCAUAAGCCAUUAAUUACAAAAAUAUAUAAUGACAAUGACAAUGAUAGUAAUAAUUCUAUUACAAUUAAUGAAAUGCUGUAAUAAUCUUAGUAGCAAAAAGGUAAAGUGAAAUAAUUGUAUUAUUUGUAUUCAUGUCUAUGAUAAUAAAAUCCUUUUGUUUAAACUUUAUCUAAUUUAACUUUAUUUAACCAAUUUCUAGAAAGUUGCAUGUAGAUCAUUUUUCGAAAAAUAAGGCCAUAAACAAGUUUCACUUCUUACGUGUGUACACUAGUACACGCACACAUUUUUUUUACGAGUACACAUUAUUUUUUAUGUUUUUGUUUUAGUUGUACAUAUUUAAAUAACAAUACUAGUAAAGUUUUUUUUAUUGCUUAGAUGGGUGGGCGAGCUCACAGCUACCCUGGUGUUGCUAAGUGGUUACUCGAGCCCACAUACAUCUACAACUUAAAUGCGCCACCCACCUUGAGAUAUAAGUUCUAAGGUCUCAAGUAUAGUUACAAGUUAAAGUCCAAUGGGUAUGUCUUCGAUGUUAUUUUAUGUGCAUAAAAUCCAUUAAAAUCGUUUGAUUAAUGAUAAUACUUAAAAUGAUUUAUUUAUAUGUUUUAUUAUACUCAAAAUAUUUACUUCAUACGUAAAAGGAUUUGAAGCUGGCAAUAUUUUUCCCGCAAAAAUAAAAAUCCUUGUUUUUUCAAUAGAGUUACUUUUUUUAAACAACUUAUUGUAAACUAUAGUGGCGCUUAUUUGCAAGAAAGUAUAUGCAUAUUUAUUUAUGACAAAAUUAAUGCACUAAGUAUUUUUUCUAUAAUCUAUUGUCCGCUUUGGGCCUGAAAUGGGCCAUCCCCUUUGUCUCGAAACUGAAAAUUGGACAGUGAGAACUAUUAAAAAUUACCAAAAAACUAAAAUUUUUCUAAAAAUUUUUUACUUUUCGGCGUGCGCUGCUUUAAAGCGAUCGAUGACCCUAUAUUUUUAUAGUGUUAGUGUAUAGGCCCUGGAAAGGCGCUUCCGUGGACACCUCAAUUUGAUUUUUCCGAUUGAAGAAAAAGGAGAAAAUUAGCAAAAACCAACGUAAGCAAACCCACGUGGUCGAGGUUCCAGCUGUGGGAGGCACUUUCCAGGACUUCGUACGGAUAAAGGACCAAGCGUAACCGACAUUGCCAAAAAAGUAAUUUAAAAUAUUAAGAACUUUAGAAGAUAUAGCUGAUUAUGUAAAAAUCGAAAAAUAUUUUUACAUGUAAAUUCAGAAAAUGAACGACGACCCCAUUAUUUCUUGGUGCCUCUGGAUCGACCUUCACGAGGGGCUCAUUUUAAUAUACUAUUUAGAUUUCUGCUACCAAUGUUCACUGAGUAAAUCAGGAAAAUCUAAAUCGGCACUACCACGUGGUCGAGGUUCCAGCUGUGGGAGGCACUUUCCAGGACUUCGUACGGAUAAAGGACCAAACGUAACCGACAUCGCCGAAAAAAGUAGUUAAAAAUAUUAAGAACUUUGGAAGAUAAUGUUGAUUAUGUAAAAAUCGAAAAAUAUUUUUACAUGUAAAUUCGGAAAACGAACGACGACCACAUUAUUUCUUGGUGCCCCUGGAUCGACCUUCACAAGGGGCUCAUUUUUAUAUACUAUUUAGAUUUUUGCUACCCAUAUUCACGGAGUAAAUCAGGAAAAUCUGAAUCGGCACUACCACGUGGUUGCAGUUCCAGCCGGGGGAGGCACUUUUUGGGACUGGGACCAAAUAAAGGAUUGAAGUCUGCAUACAGUGCCAGAAAAAAUAGGAGAAAAUAUCCAGAAUCCUGGUAGAAAAUGCGUUUUUUUUUGAUAUUAUGAAAAACAUUUUUAGUAGUAGUAAGAUUAGAUAGUUAGUAUUUAGACUUAGUCAAAUGUUAUGAUUGGACUGCAUAUAUUAUAAGCUAAAUUUUUAAAUAUUUUUGACACAGACCCCCCUUUACAGGGUCUGACAAAACAUAUUGGGCUCUGCAGUAGCAAUAUUUUAUUUAUUUAGCUGUUUCCCAUCUGAUCUGUUAUUCUGAAACAAAUUCUGACCGCAUCCCCCGCGUGAUACUGCACGACAAUUGUAGGUUGUACUGACAACCAUUCAUUUUGUGUGUAGUCCGCGAGGCAUGUGGAUUGUGGAGCUGAGUAUAAUUCUAUAGUAAAUUUUUUGCAUAUUUUGACAUUGACAAUCUUGUCAAAUUUUUUACUGACACAAAAUUGACUUUGCUGCGCAAUUAUUUUGACAUAAUAUUGUUGGACUCUGUACACCCACAAUAUAAUUAUACUAACUAUCAUUUGAUGAAAAACUUUUUUAAUGAAAAAUUAUUUGAUCUGUGCAAAAUUGUCUUUCAACAUAGAAUUUUGGUUCUAGGGAUUCUUGCCGUGAUAUUGUAUUCCAAUAUCACUCAAAAAUUCCUCUUGCUGAAUCUGAAAUAGCUUACUGGAAAGUUGAUUUGACCUAAGUUGUAUAUUUUAAAGUGCCUCUAUACAGCACUGAGUUAGUUUUAAGACAACCCGCGGCUCCUCUUACUUCAGCGAUGAGUCAUCCCGAGGGUCAUGGACCAAAAACCACAGCCAGAGCUUCCACAGUCUCUCCUAAACCCAAACCGAAACAAGGCGACGCGAAAAAGUUUUCGGUGCCCCCCCAAACGAUUUCGGUUAGGAGGAGCAUCGGGGAAUGGGAGAAGGCUUCAUAUACAUGCAAAUUGGACGAAGCAACAGCAUGCGCGGGCAGAGCAAAACAACAGCUCAACGCCGCACGCAACUUGAAAGGGGAGUUAAAAAUUGAAGCCUUUAAAAUGCUGGAUAGGUUACUCGAAAUUGUGAAAAAGUUGGAAAUGCCCUCGAAAACAAAGGUAGAGAAGGAGGUCAUGAAGCAGAUGUACCGCGAAAAUAGCAAGACAGAAAUGGGCACGAGCAACCUGAAAAAUAUUAUUGAGGAGCAUAGUAAGGUUUUGGGAGAGACUGUGAAAGAAAUGGACCGACUACGCACGGUUAUUAGGAGACACGAGGAGAAAAUGGAUGACACGGCACAAAACGCCGAAAAACGAGAUGGGGGACAUAGCGGUGGAGAGUUUCUGGCGGAAAUCCGUGAGCUCAAGCGACUCACACAAGAGACCCGGGUACGGACCGACGAGGCGCAGGGGGUAAUUCCCUCGUACGCGGAGGUCCUGUCUCGGCCACCAGCCGCUAGAGUGGACAAGCCGAAGUUCUCCGUCAUCGUGGGUUCAAAAAACGUCAUCGAUACUAGUGCUGAUGUCAUAGAAAAGCUGAGAGGGGCGUUAGAUGCACGGCGCAGCGGUCUAAAGAUAGAGCGUCUCCGUAGGGUACGCGAUGCGAAGGUGGUUUUGAGCUGCGCGAGUAAAGAGGAGAUGGAAAAGUUGUCCGAGCAGCUAAAGAACGAUAAGAACCUUACUGCCGAGGUGGCUAAGAACAAAAAGCCACUCGUCGUGCUUAAAAAUCUCAUGGCGUACAAUACGGAUGACGACAUCCGAACGGCACUCGCUGAGCAAAACCGGCACCUGCUGGAGGAUCUUUCAGCCGACGAAACCGCCGUGGAGGUAAGGUACCGGAGGAGGGCGAGGAAUCAACAGGAGUGCCACGCCGUCCUCCAGGUAUCGCCCGAAUUAUGGCAAAGGCUAACGUCGGCUGGAAGAGUAUACAUUGACCUCCAGCAUGUGAGGGUGCAGGACCAGUCACCACUGGUGCAGUGCACCAGAUGCCUGGCGUACGGCCACGGCCGGAAGCAGUGCGCGGACGAUGUGGAUCUCUGCAAUUACUGUGGCGGUCCGCAUCUCAAAAGUUCGUGCACGCAACUGGCGGCCGCCCAGGCACCGAAGUGUAUUAACUGCACCAGGGCCAAGCUGACUGAAACUGCCCAUACGGCAUUUGGUGACUGCUGCCCUGUUAGGAGAAAGUGGGAUGCGCUGGCCAGGGCGGCAAUAGCCUAUGGCUAGGGCUGCUCUGGCUGGUGGCCCGCCGGACCCGAUAGUGUGGCGGUCCGAAACGUCGUUAAGCCUACUCGGCUCGAACUUUUGAACCUCGGGGUUACUCACGGCUGAAAAAUAUAAAUAAAAAUAAAAUAAGAUGAGUUUUGUAAACUCCAUAGGAUGGCUGAUGACCAUAGAAUUUUGAUGUAAAAUCUAUUUAGUUAUUAAGUAAAACCCUCUGGAGUUUACAAAAUGUAUUUUCUUUUAAGAACAUCUAUGUAAAAUAACUAUACAAUAAUUAUGAAAACUGUAAAUAGUAAAUAGAAGAAGAUUAAAACCGUAAUUUAGAAGUAAUGGAAAGGAAAUAGUAAGACAUUAAUACGAUGUAAAAGAUAUACAAUAAGUAGAAUAUAAAAUAAUGAUGAAAAUAGGUUAAAAAUAUUAGCUAGAAUUAGAUAAGUAUAUAAAAGUUAGAAAAAGUUAAAAUAGGUAUAUAAUUACUGGUAUAACUGUUAUACUAGGUUAUAUGGUAUUGUAGAACUUUAUACAAAAUAAAUAAAAAAUUCCUGGUUCCGUUAUUAAUCCUACAAUAAAUAAACAAGGGCUCUGAUUAUGUCAGAGGAGUAUUCGCGGGCCGGGCCUAAAGCGUCCGGACAAAAAAAAAAAAAAAAAAAAAAUAUUGAUUACCGGUAAAAUGGGGCGAUUAGGGAUUGAGAGGCGAAUCGGGAAAAAACCGGGAAAAUCUUUCGACGCUCAAUAUAAGUUUUAUAUUCGUUGCAAAAUCUUCCAUUUUUUGUAGUUUAAUAGUAGAAUGUUGAAAGUUCACAAAACAACUCUGAAUAUGCAUGAUAAUAGCUGCUAUCUUAUAAAAAAUCGCGUUUCAAAUUAACUUCCUGUGGUGGUAAUUAUUUUAGUGCUAGAAACUUUGCUCUCUUUUAUUUAUUUGAUAAUAAUAGAAGACGACUAUGAUUUAUAAACGUUAUUUAGUGUUUGAACCAGCAUAUAUAUUAAAGGUAAGUCUCAGUUGUUAUUGGUUUUAAUGUAUUUGAUUAAAUAAAAAUACAUGUAAAAAUCUGUUGUUUUCGGGGAUAUUGGGGACGUCUUAGGUACAAAUAACAACGAAAAAGGGGUCAAUUGGGAUGAGAAUACGUGAAAUGGAAACGACCUAAGUAUAAAUAGGUACAGGUUUGUAGGGCUGUCUAUGUAGUUAUAACAAUAUUUUUUAAAUUUGUUGGUAAAAAUCUGGUUUAUUCGAAGCGAAAUUGGGAAUAAGUCUUUAGUUGAAAUAGAUAAGCAAUUUAAUAUAAGUAAGUGGACAAAAAUGUCUAAGUAAUCUAUAAUGAAAUAUUUAAUAUUUGUUCAGAGUGGGGGUAUUCAUCUGAUUAAUCCAUGGAAUAACCGACACACCUAAUCUCUUAACCCAGAUAGAAAUAUCAGCACUGUCGAUUGCACCUAUAAUUGAGGUGAUGUCUGCCAUGUACUUUUGUCAGUUUUUCAAUUAUUUUUUUUGAUGAUCACUUUGUUGGUGCAACUAAAUAAAUAAAUAAAUUAAAACUAUAUAUAAAAAUAAAAGUAGUGCCAACCCUAGCAAAUUUCUCAUUUCGUCCCAAUUAACCGCAAUUUUCGGGUAAAUAGGGAUUACACCUAUUUUUGCAUUUUUUGCUUAAACUGGAAUGCUAGUUGCAUAAUUUUAAAUUGGAUAACAAAGAUGCCCCCAAGACUCAAUCAUUUUGAUCCUGACAUAGCAUUAUAUACAUCGACAGCUACCUUAAAAUUGCUCAUAAAGUUGGAAUUUGUCCCUAAUCGCCCCAUUUUACGGUAUAUGUUUUGACCAUAGAGUUACUAUUCUAACUGGAGUGCUUACUUCGUUUGACAUAAAAACUAAAAAUAUACUUUAUCUCUAUGGCUUAAAGUUUAUUUUUAAAUAGCAAAAGAUGUAAGGAAAAACGGUCUGAAAAGAGAAUGAUUAUUAAGUAGUGGUGUCCCUCUCGCACAUUUUACAAACAAAAAGCAGUGUUGCUAGCUUAGAGGAUUUUCCAUAAAAUCUCGGAAUUUGGACCCCCGUCUUAGUUAUCAAAAAUGACUUUUAGUGGUUAGUGGAUUUUUUAGUAGCUUGGGCGUUGUUGAAAAUUAUUAAUAAGGUUAAAAUCAAUCCACUUUACAGAAUUUUAAACAUUUUAUGACAAUAAUAUAUCUAAAUACAUAUUAUUUAAACGAUGUGACUUAAACUUAACUAGAAAAUGUUGCGACAAUUUAAAAUUUCCAUCAACGUCAAAAAUUAAAUUGGUUCAAAAUAAACGUACAAAGUUAUGGUGAAAUUAGUUUCUGAUGAUGACAAUUUAUUAAAAUAAAUUAUAUAAGAAGUAUUGAUUAUAUGAUAUAUAUUGAUUUUUAAUAGAACAUCAUAUAUUAAUAAAGCUCAUUAACAAAAAAAAAUAUUGUUCUAUAUUAAUAAGAAUUCUGUUUAAUGUAAAAUUUAAUGGUAGGUACGUAGAUUUCUGAUGGUUUUCAUGUUGAAUUUGGUGGGAAGCCAGAUUAAUUGUUGGCAUCACCGAAAAAGAGCUAUGAAUGGAUUAAAAGAAAAAUGGCGUCUAUUUACGUUUGUAGUGUGAAGUUAAAAUGGCACUGAUACAGCUUGUGGCUUGUUUUUUUUCGAAAAUCGUGAAAGUUUCCGUGUAAUCAUGGUGAACACUUUUAAUCGUCGCACGCAAGCAUGUAUAUCAUUUGCCUGACGUUAAGCGAACGAGGAGGAUCUUCUAGUAAAUAUGACGUUGGAAUUUCUGGAAAAUGUCCUUUAAAAAGGUCAAACAAGAAGAAUCAAGUACUCAAACGCAAGAAAUAAAAAAUACCCCGAGAAAAGCAAAAUUACGACAAGAUGUUAAGGUAUUGAAACAAAAACUUAAAAGUCGCGAAAUAGUGAUUGUAAAUAUAAAGUCGAUUUUAGAUUUAUUAAAGACUAGCGACCCGCCCUCGCUUCGCUUCGGAAACAUUAAAACACACACGAAACCAAAAAAUAACAUAAAAAAAUUAAAAAAAAGUAGCCUAUGUUCAUCAGGGACAAUGUCGGCUUCUAAUGGAAAAAUAAUUUUUCAAAUCGGUCCAGUAGCUUCGGAGCCUAUUCGAAACAAACAAACAAACAAAUCUUUCCUCUUUAUAAUAUUAGUAUAGAAAAAUUGCGAUUUUUAAUUGAAUUGAUAUUUAAAUUGCGAAAUUUUAAUGAUACUCAUGGUCCACUUAGAUAUUGAUUAAAAUAAAUUAUGUAUUUCGUUGAAAAAAAAGAAUUUACUUAAAAUAGAGGAAAUGUUAUAUUAUAAGACUACAGAAAAUUUACUGAACUUAAUAAUAAUAAUAUAACCAAUAUUUUGUAAAUAGAGAUCAAGUACUAUGUGUAUUGUGUUAUGUGUAUUGACUUGUCAUUUAAGAGUUAUUUAAUUGUCUACAUAUAACAAAUAAAUGAAUUUUAGUUCAUUUCAUUUUAUUACCCAUUGUGUUUUAUUUCCUAAAAUGUAACUAUUAGACUUAAUAUACACGUGUCAUGAAAAUAGCACAGAAGUAAAAAUACAAGUAAUUUUAAAUCAAUUGAAGAUGUGAAUGUAGGAAAAGAGCACCCGAUACGCGCAGACCAUGUGUGUUGCAGUGUCUCACUCAGUGUGUCAAAUAUUAAUUUGCACGGCCCACUUAGCCAGUACACUAAAGUAGGAAUUGCGUAAUUAAGUUCAACAUAAUAUUUAAGUCGCGGUUGAGUAUUCGGACGUUAAACAUGAGUUUGAGGAAGUUUAAGUAAUAGAACUGAGGUAAUGAUGUUUGUAAUAAAACUCAGUGCUAGAUUUUCGACAACGCAGCAACUUCCAAAAAAAACCGUCGAAAAAAGGCACCAUGACGACGAAGCAAUGUUUAGAAUUGAAUUUACAUAAAUAAAACGUUGCAAGCACGUGUUUUGUAUUUACAUAAGGUUACACAGAAUUACUUUAGGUAAAUUUAAAGCUGAUGCAUGUGUAUAAUUUUGUCCUAUAAAUAAAUUUUACAUGGUCACCACAUUAGACAAGGACACCGCGACCAAAAAGUAUUCUCUUUCGAGACCGAUUUCUCGGCAUUAGACAGCACUCCAGUUGUAGGUACUUAUUAACUCCAUGGUUUUGACAUAGAACUUUAUUAUCAACUUUUUUCUGAUUAAAACAUGCGUCGCGGGCCGCAUGAAAACAAGCUGUGGGACACAUCCGGCUCGCGGGUCUUUGUCUGGACAGCCCUGGGUUAAGCUGGUUGCAGACCGAAAACUAAGCCAUCCCAAAGCUAAACUAAGCAAGCUAGGCUAAGCUAAGCUAGAAAUAAAUGGCGUGUACACCAAGAGCUAAGCCAAAGCUCAGUCAAUGUUGCGAAGUUCAAUUAGACGGACGACGCUCGCCAUGAAAAUAAUCGAUGAAGAAAGUUCCGAUGAUGAAUACUUUACACAUAGAAAAAGAGGAUAUUAAUACACUUAUUAAUUAAGAAAAGGACAUUCCAGAUUUUGGAUAUGCAUUUUCAGUUAUAUUAUAGUGUUACAAGAGUUCAGUUCCAUAGUGCAGGAAAUUGAUUAACAAUUUCAAUAAAUUGCUCCCUAUUCGCUACAAAAGGACCGUGCGUACGACAAAGGACACUGGACAGCACUGGCGAAGGAUGUGCGAAAGGCGUGCGGGGAAGGCGAGAGGGACUUAGCUUAGCUCGUGUAAUCGGCCUACACAUUUAACUUAGCUUCGCAUAUUUUAGUUAGCUCACGUAGCUUAGUUCACAGUUUGCGGUUACACGCAAGUAUGGAAAGCUGCGUCAGCUAUACGAGCUAAGCUAAACUAACUUAGCUUUGCGCUUGGUCUGCAACCUGUAUUAUUGUUUAGGUAAAAUGUGUAAGCCGGGCCCUUUUUUAAGCUUUAAAUUUUCAUAUUAUUUUUUUUAGUUAAAAAUAAAACUACCAUUUUUGACUAAAA